GCUACUGACACUGGACUUUGUUCUUCUCCUUUUACGAGGAAGUCUUGGGUGUAUCGUGUUGUUGACUUAGGUACGGGAUUAAAAUAUGCGUUGUAUUCGUACCAAACGGUAAAAUAACACAGAAGGAAGUAACAACAUUCAAGUGCCAGACAAUUAAGGUGUGUUCAGUCAGUACUGACGAUGUUCACGAGUAACAGUCUCUCUGGCAAUGACAACAUCAGCUAUGCAGAUUCAAUCCUGUCCAAUGGUUACUCCCUCAUGGAUGACGCGUCAUCACAGGUAUCAAAUCUGUCGAGGCCCAGCGCAAAGUUAAUCUACUUGCAAAGGAAAGAGUACGCAGCAUCGAUAAACAAGAUGUUGGACAAACUUCAGUACAAAGUGGAGCACUUGUUCACUUGUGACCUGGAUGGGAAGGAGUUAAAAAAUAUAGCCGACUGCGUGGAGCGGCUGAAGCUGCUGGAUGGGAUAGGUCGUGUGUGGGGUCAGAGCAUGCUGCUGGAGGUGCGAGGUCCUAAACUGCUGCUCACGGACAUUGAAACCAAAGAGGAGCUGGAGUCCAUGGCUCUCAGUGACAUCCUGGAGCUAAAGGCUGUGCUGGACUCUGGAGUGUGGAGCUCCCUGCUCACAGUGGCAGUCCAACAAGAGAGAGAACACACCGCCGUCUUCAUGUUCCAGUGUGAAGAUGUCAGGGCUGAUUAUGUUCAGAAGAAUCUCUCACUUGCACUGUCACGUAAGAAAGAGGAUUCAAGCGUCAGUCAUGGAGGAUUCAAAGCUGAACCUAAAGAGCAGAAGCCUGCGUUUGACCCUGUGCCCCUGUGGACGUCUCCUGACUAUGAUAUGGAUGAGGGUGGCACCCCCGAGCCUGAACUCUUUGUACAUAUGGAGGUGCAGGAGGAGGAGGAAGAGGAGGAGGAACCGUCACAGCAGUUUUUCACCACAGAAGAAGAAGAUUUGCCUCCUCCACGCCGAUACACAGAGGUGGACAGGAAUGUAGAUAUCUUGAAUCACAUUUUAGGCGACAUAGAAAUCUUCAUUGGACAAGUAUCUGCGGUCGUUGCUAAAAAUGCAAAGAAAAAGAAGAAGAAGAAGAAAAAACAAAAAGCCGUGGACGGCAUGCCCUCUGCAGAAGAAUUUGUAACGUGUCUCCAGAAGAUCAAAUUUGGUUUCAACCUUCUGGGGGAGCUCAAUGGAAACAUUAAUAAUCCCAGUGCUCCUGAACUCGUUCACUCGUUAUUCUCCACAUUAAAUUUUGUGGUCUCUCACUGUCCUGAGGAUCUGCCAAUGACCAUUGUGGCACCGCUGCUGAUCCCUCAGGCAAUCCGUCUGAUGAGCGAAGAGGCCUCUGCAGAGGAGGACCAACUGUGGCAGUCUCUGGGAGACGCCUGGAACAUCCCCAGCACUAAAUGGCCAGAAGACGAUGAGGACAUCCCGACAUUCACUCCAGAGUUCUUUGAUGGCUGGCAGCCCCCUGAGGUGUCUGCAACACCUGAACCCAGAGAACCGGUGAUCAGACGGCGACAGAGUCCAAAACCUGGACCCAGUAAGGUCAAUCAUCACACCAAACCACCACCAGUGCAGCCUCCUGGACCCAGUAAGGUCAAUCAUCAUCCCAACCAACCCCCAGUGCAGCCUCCAGCCCCCAAGUGGAAACCACAAAACCCCCCACGCCCACGUGAACCGCAGUACAUGCGCGUUAUGGCUGACUUCAUUUCAAGAAACGACAGAGAGCUCACCGUCAGAGCAGGAGACACAGUUGACCUACUGGACAAGUCAAAGCAGUGGUGGAAAGUAAGGGACAGCAGAGGGGACGAGGGCUACGUGCCCAAUAACGUCCUGGGGGCUGAUACUAAUGAUGAGCAACCUAUCCAGAGAAGUGAAGGUCCUCCUGUCCUAACAAAGAAGUCUAAGCCUGCACAAGUGAAACACUGGCUCGAAGACAAGGGCUUUAGCCCAAUCACUGUACGCUGUCUGGGCGUGUUGAGCGGCUCCAUGCUCCUGAGUAUGACCAGAGAGGAACUGAAGAUAGUGUGCCCAGAAGAAGGAGGGCGAGUCUUCUACCAGUUACAAGCAGUAAAGUCCGAACUGGCUGCUGCCAGUUAAAUGAGACCGACAGCGCACGCAGCAAGAGAACAUCACGGAGGAAGAGGAGGAAAUCACUGUUGACUGAAACAAGUCACCAGUGACCAAAUGCUGUGAACAAACAGGGUUAAGCCAUGAGUGACAUUUACAGCUUAUUUGGCCUUAGUGCGACAUAAAAUCAGCUGGCAAGCUAUAUCAUAAAAUGCAUUUAGACAAUUUAUCCAGCAAUUCUGUGCUAAUAAGAUAUUUAACAAAGUGUAAUGGUAUGAAUUAUGUAACAAGAAUGGGGUGAGUAAUAAUUAAUGUAUUCACUAUGUAAACGUAAAUGUAAUGUAAAUAAAAGCUACGUUUGACUCAUUACAAAGAUUUAGUGAAUAAACAUGCUUUAUUUCAUUGUCCAGACAUUACACAUGAACCUUAUCAGAAGCAUUUGAAUCUGUUUAACACUGGCAAUCCAUUUCAGGCAAAAAACAAAAAAACUAAACAUGGCUACAGGUGAAUGGACAUAAAAUUAAAACUAUAAAUCAAAAAGUGUGAAAAAGUGACAAGACUGUAAAAACAAAGAUAGACACAAAUAUCUCGAGUGUGAACGUCAGAAUACUCGAUAAAUGCACUGUAAAGUUACUGCACAGAAAUAAUUCAGUCUGAAGGAAACUGUGAACGAUGAAUCUGUGAGUAGAAUAUAUUUUUAGUAAGUGGUAUGAUUUGGGUUGCCAUUCAAAUAAUCACUGUUUACUGCUCAGAGGAUAACAGUAAAUGGUCUGUUGUCUAUCGCAUGUCAAGUGCAAUUAUUUACUGGAAUUAAUCAAUUAGUUGAUGGAGACAAAAUAAUCAGUAAUAAUUGUGGUAAAAGUUCUUUUAAAUCACUGAUAAAAUGAUAAAAUUUUGGCCAAAACAAACAAUUUGAAUACGUCAACACCCCUUACACUACGAGGAAUUCUUAUGGGAAUAUUUCACUAUUUUUUUCUGAUAUUUUAUAGACCAAACAAUUAAUGGAUUAAUCCAGAAAAUAGUCAGUAGAUUAAUAAAUAGUGAAAAUAAUCAUGUCCCUACUGUUGCUGAACACGGAGCAGCAACACGACAAAGAUUAGUAUGUGUGAGGUAGGGUGCACUACGCUGUGAGUGGCUCUGUGGUAAAGACAACAUGAAUCCACGAAGUGGACACAAAUAUAGUAAACAACAAGUUGUAAAGAUGAACGGAUAAAAAAAAAGGUUCAGGUCAGUCCAGACGAACUGUCUCUCAGUGAUAAGGUACCAUCAUCAAACGAUAAGCCAUAAUCAACCUUACAAAAUGUUACAAAGUAGUCAACAGGAUGAGAGAAAAUGAAGCUGCAGUAAUCAGACAUUAAUAUACUUUGUGCAAGUUUAGAUUAAAAUGAGUCUUUUUAACCAAAACACACACACACAAAAAAAAAGAACCAACUCUUAAGAUGAGAUGUAGAUAUCAGGGUGUUGUGUGUGUGCAGAGGUCGGUUUCUGACUGUAGAGACAGCUUACGGUAUCUAUCAUGUUCCUGUCUAUCAUGGGCGCAAUAGGUGUACUAUCAUAAUAAACAAAGGAUGAUCAGUAAUAAGAAAAAAUAAUGGCUAAAUAUGCAGAACAGACACUAAAAAUGUAGAAUUAACAAACAAUAAAACCAUAUUGGAAAAAAAACUCUAUUGUCAUAACAUAAUGCCAAUUCACGAAAAUCAACAGCAGCAAAACUAAGUGUUAAACCUUGACAUCAAUAUAUUGUGAAUAUAAAAUUUCUUAUCUCUAUAUCGCCCUUACAAAAAUACACUUUGUACAUGAAAUCCACGAGUUUCCCCAUGUUCAGCACGCAACUUCAACGCAUCGCUCGAACACUUUAGAAGCUACUCUAUUGUUGCUUGAACAAAGCCGGCUUCCCCUCUUUAAUCGCCUAAAGCAACACAUGUGUACAUACUAAUACAUUACAGGUGCUUAUUCGAAUAAAGGCUGACGUUUUCUGAUUGGCUCUCCUCGUUCUUGGCAUCAACUUUUACUCGACAGUCUUACGUGUAAGAAGAAUGCUCACAGUUUGAAGGUGAAGUUGGACUGUGUCUGGUGGCGGGUUGUGAUAAGAUGAUGAGUGUACGAUACAAAAUGUGAUGCCAGCUUUGGGAUUUUUUUUUGUUUGUUUUUUCUUAAAUGCUACAAGAACCAUGCAACAGUCUUAACCAUGACCCAGCAUGGUUUGCUCAUUUCUACAUGGUGAUCUGAAUCGAAAGCUGGUCGGCAGCCCUGAAUUAGUUAAGAUGCUUCACAAAAACAGCUUGCUCUAAGCAACUCAUUCUCUCCUGCCAUCCAUUAUUCAUGCAGGCAUGCACAAAAAAAGCACUUAUAAGUAGUGAACUAGAAACAAAUCAACUUUUUUUUCCCCCUCACAUGAAGGCCAAGGUAAAAGCUAUUUUACACCGAGCGAGCAGCUAGGUGGUUUCAGUUCCAUUGGUGUGUGGAUAUUACAACAGCGCAGAGGUCUACCGUGUAUGACUGAGUUCUUGCAGGUGAUAAGAGACAAAAACUGGGCAUGCAGUGCCCAAAAGCUGAAAAUGAAAAGGCACUGUGAAGUAUUGGCUUGGUGCAUAUGUACAGUGGACUGCAUGCAAAAAGGGGGAAAACAUGACGAAGGAAUGAGUGAAAUGAAGGCCGUAAGGAGGGAGAGGGGGUCCGUAUCUGCAUGGCCAUCAUGAGGUAACAUUAACAGCGUUCUCCUCGGACGAUGCUGAAUUACAUCUACGUUUAUUUGUGCUGUGCAAUCUACAAUGCACAUUUUUUCCCUUUAUGAGUCUUCUGUACCAUCGAAGCGAGAUGAUUUUCAACAUUCAUUGGAGCUCAUUUCAUUCGCAGAUAAAAGAAAACAACUUGCUUCAUGGAAUGUUUGCAGUCAACCACAGUUAGUCUGCUUCUCUCCUGACCUGAAGCUGAGCUGAUUUAAAAAUCACGGAAGAACGAUUUUGUUGAGUGCAAAUAAAUGAUCUGACACCACGCCAGGCACCAUGCAUGGCUGUUGUGAUGUUCAGCGCUGCAGCAUUCGGAGAAACGCUAUCCCCUCUUGUUACAGGACUUGUCAUUCAAUCACUCUAUAUCUGAAAGCCUUUAAGCCGCCCUGAA